CGCCGCGUAUACAUGCAGAGCACCAGCGGCAGCAGCACCAGCAGGAGGUGUUCUCUCUGUUGCUCGGUCUGGUGGUGGUGGUCCUCUCCGUGUGCGGUUCGCGCGCGCCGACAGACGACACAUCUCCACGGCCGACGGACAGCGACGGACGUGGGCCCCGCCGGCGCAAAAUGCAGGGCCGUGUUCUCUUGUAGCGAGACCGCCGCCGCCGCCGCCGCCGCCGCCGACGCCGAGUAGACGCCGCCGACCAGCGGGUUACUGCAGAGAAUGGCUAGUUUCAAGGAGUGGCCGUCGUUCUUGAUGGUAUUUUUGUUUGCGCACUUUGCUCAAUAUUGUUGCACUCGAAUUGACGAUGAUGGGUGUAAUUAUAAUGGAAAUUCUCAACACAGAUGCGUACCAAAAGUUAACUAUAGGCACAAAGAAAAAGAGGUUCUUGAUCAAAUUUUAGGUCCAGGAAGCUACGAUGCUAGGAUCCGUCCAUCAGGAGUUAAUGGCACAGGCGACUCUCCCUGCAUUGUGUAUGUCAACAUGUUGGUACGGUCCAUCAGCAGAAUUGAUGAUUACAAAAUGGAGUACAGUGUGCAACUGACGUUCCGUGAACAAUGGAUGGACGAGAGGCUAAAAUUUAACGAUUACAACGGUAAAAUGAAAUACUUAACUUUGACUGAAGCCAACAGAGUGUGGAUGCCCGACUUGUUCUUUUCUAACGAGAAGGAAGGUCAUUUCCACAAUAUAAUUAUGCCGAACGUGUACAUCAGGAUAUUCCCCAAUGGAUUAGUCUUGUACAGUAUAAGAAUAUCUCUUACUCUAUCGUGUCCAAUGAAUCUCAAAUUAUAUCCACUGGAUCGUCAAACGUGUUCACUCCGAAUGGUCAGCUACGGCUGGACGACUGACGAUUUAGUAUUUUUAUGGAAAGAAGGUGAUCCAGUGCAAGUGGUAAAAAAUUUGCACUUGCCUAGAUUCACUUUAGAAAAAUUUCUCACGGAUUACUGUAACAGCAAAACUAACACAGGAGAAUACAGCUGCUUGAAAGUGGACCUGCUGUUCAAGCGGGAGUUCAGUUACUACCUGAUCCAGAUCUACAUACCGUGCUGCAUGUUGGUGAUCGUGUCGUGGGUGUCGUUCUGGCUGGACCAGAGCGCUGUGCCCGCGCGCGUGUCGCUGGGCGUCACCACGCUGCUGACGAUGGCCACGCAGACGUCCGGCAUCAACGCGUCCCUGCCGCCCGUGUCCUACACCAAGGCCAUCGACGUGUGGACGGGCGUGUGCCUGACGUUCGUGUUCGGCGCCCUGCUCGAGUUCGCGCUGGUCAACUACGCGUCCCGGUCGGACACGCACAGGGACGACAUGAGCAAAAAGUGCGACCUGGAGCGCACCGUGUCCAUGGACGUCGGCGACUACGAGGACGGCCCGAACUCGUUCAAUAUGGUGAGGUCGAAUAGUACGAAGCCGCUGAUGCGUCCCGAGCUGAUGAUGUCCCGGGACAAGAUGAGCCAGAUCAUCCACCAGGCGCCGCCCAUGGAGAAGAACUCGUGCUGGAAGUCGUGGAUGUCCAAGUUCCCCACCAGGUCCAAGCGCAUCGACGUCAUAUCCCGCAUACUGUUCCCGAUGGUGUUCGCCAUGUUCAACAUGUCCUACUGGUCCACGUACCUGUUCCGCGAGGGCGUGGACGAGGACAAGUAAUUCAGAACCGCAGACCGUCGCCGCCGUCGUAUUAUUAUUAUAUUAUUUUAAUUAUUAUCAUCAUUAUUAUUAUUAUUAUUAUUAUUGUUAUUGUCUCCACGGCACAUGAUAAUAUUAUUAUUAUUAUUAUUAUAAAAAACACGCGAGCUCGCGUUUCGUGUAUUUGGAUUUCCGUUUUUCAGCAGACCACGGUUUCCAUUAUUACGAUCUGUUUUGCAGGUUCGUUUAGUUUUUUCUUUUGUUUGUUUGUUAUCACUGUUGAUAUAUCCAUUGGUCUUACGAGUAUUUUUUAUUUUAUUUUUUACACGAAUCUCUCUAUACGUAGUCAUUGUGUAGUCUAAAUCUUCUCUCAACUCGAAGUGCAUUUACUCGCAUCAAUACAAUUAUUAUGAUUAUUAUUAAUAGUAAACUCAACCAGAUCUCCCGAAAACUAUAUAAUAAACAAAACGUGUCCACUCCACAUUAUUAUAUUGAUUACCAUCUCAAUCGAUAUUUUGUAAUUUUUUUCUACAUUCCAUGCUCAAUUUUACCUUUAAACGAAACCAUUUGAUUCAUUUGUUACACACCUGACAGAUACAAAGAGACAGGGUCCUUAUACGAAAUCUGUCGGGGAAAUCUGUUCGCGUGUCCGACGCGCACGAAUCGAUUCCAUCCAAAUUUAAUUUAUCGAAAGAGCGAGAGUUUUCUUACAUAUAAUAUACCAUGUUUAUACCUCAUAGAAAUCAACAUAAAACUCCAUCGGCGUUUUCCUUAACCCGACGAAUUGCAACUAUUAUUCUGUCCGUUUCGUCUAUCCCGUUCGAGUUAAUUAAUUACUUACUUACUUCCUUAUUUACAAACGCUCAAUGUCGUUUUUUCUUCUGUUUUUCGUGUUCUUAGCCAUGUCUACCACCAUCACGUAUCAUCGCCACAGAAAAUAAUAUUAUUCCAUGUUCGCGCGCAUCCCGAAUCGAAACUAUAUUAUAAUAUAGAGACAUUUUAAAAAUAAUUCACAUAAUUCAUCAAUUCUGAAUUGCACGAAUAAUAAUUUUGUUUUAAUAAUUGUGCUUCAUAGCAAUUCAAUAUUCGUUUUUUAUUAGGUACAUUAAAAUUGCAUUUUUUUCCAAGCACAAUAAUUGCGCUAAUAUUAUAUAAAAAUGAAUACAUGACUUACGGUAGAUGCGGUCUAGAAAGUCCAUAUAAUAUGACAUCCGAUAUUAAACAUCGUACACGGAUGUUAAUUACUCAUAUUUUAUGUGAAAUAAUAUAUUAUUUUUAUUGUCACCAAGACUGUAUGAUAUUCAUAUGUGCAAAGGCCACUAUGACGACAUACCGUAUAUGGUAAACAGGGUGAGAUGGAAAGUUCUGACCGAAACCGCUGCCGGUUCGAUGACUUUAAAACCCAAUUAAUAUGUAAUGCUUUUGUCUAAUAGUCGUUAAGCUGAUCAUUAUUGAAUUUGACCAUUAACUUAAAGCCAUAGUUAUAUAUAUAUAUAUCAGAAUUCGAAAAACAUAAGAAGACACUUAAACAAUCCCGAAUAAGUCAAAUUUAAUUUGCCUUUAAUUGUAUGUCCUGUUAUAAAAUAAAUUGUGUUUUAAAACUGUUCCAUUUUUUCUCGACUUUUCAAACUUUUCGUAAACUUUAUGACACAUUUUACUGUUCCCGUAUAAAUCAAAUUAAAUCAUUUUAUCAUAAGAUUGCAAGAAAAAGUUAUCCCAUUUUAUUUUGUAAUUCCACUAAAAUGUUCAAGUCAUUCGAAACGAUUAACAAUUAAUUAAUUCUUGUUUUCUCUUCUCUCUCUCUAUAUAUAUAUAAUAUAUAUUAUAAAUACAUAAAAACCAACUCGGUUGACGAAAUCAAAGAUAAACAAACGACGACUGACUGUCGUCUUUUUCCGUCCGCCAUUCAUUUAUGUCCAGUUACACAAUCGCAUCUUUAUGGUCUAAUGGUCACGGUUAAGCUAUUUUUGAAAAUAGAAACGUACACGUUGCUUACUCACAUUAUAUAUACAAGACACGCGCGUGGAUAGGACAGACGUCAUAUUAAACGAUAUACACCCAGCUGCAUCUGAUUCAUCUCACGUUGUCUUAUCACGCUUAGGGCGUAUCCCAUUAAGUCGGAUUAAAACUUUUCAAGUCCCCUGGAAUAAUACGCUGUACCGUUUAGUCUGAUGUACAACAUUAUGAACACACCCGCCCACGACCGAAGGCGAAUACUCGAUAGGGUUAUAUUAAUUUAAAAUUAAUUUAAAAUUAAGAUAAAUACGUAUAUAUACAUGUAUAUAUAUAUAUAUAAUGUGUGUAUAUAUUAUAUUAUAUACGAUUUUUAUGAUUUUUAACGAUAAGAUAAUAUUAUAUUAUUAAUUUGUGUCGUUUGACACAUACAUUUGACGCUAUAUCAUAAUGUAUAAUGUGAAUAUAAAAGUUGCCAGAAAAGAAUGCUAAAAAAUGUGAUUUUUUUUUUUUAAUAACAAUAACUGGUCCACGGAACUAUAUAAUAUUAUGCAAUAGUUUUGUACAUAAUGUCGGGUGUAACGCUGACCAAUAGUUAAAACAUUAUAGCGUUGAAUACGAUUGGUUUAAAAUAAAAUCUCAUUUUUAGUAAUUGAAAUCAGUGACCACUAAAUGAUAUAUACUGUAUUUGACAUUGAGUAUUAUAUCAUAGUGGUGAUAACUUAGAUUACUGUAAACAAGAAAAGAACUAAAAGUCUGACAUCUUACUCUGACUGUUUUUGUUCGUUUCGAUAAUAUUUGAAAUUAUUUUCAUUUCUACGAUUUAUGUUAAUGGCUAUGAUGUAAUAUGUACAUAAAUUAAAAUCUGAAACGAAUAUUUAGAAAAACUCUUAAAAAUGUAUAGACCAUCCAGUAAUCUGAGUAAUGUCUCACACAACUUUUUAAAUACUAUUCCUACACACUAAAAAUAUUACAGUUUAUAAAAAUCCCAAUAAUCAUAAAACCACUUUUAUGAUAAUCGUUAGUAAGCUCCAAUAAUAAAUAAAAGUAGUCAUUACAAACAGUAAAUAUCGGUUACGCCGUGUUGAAAAAAAGUAAUCUAACCUAACCACGAUAUCUCAAACGGACUGAAAAUUUGCUUGGUAUCGUCUUAAUCGAUAUUGCGUUUAUAUUGGUAGGUAUUUUAUAAAAUGUACUUCAAACGUCAAUUUAUUGUUCCAGUGCGUAUCUAAAAAACGUUUCCACACCCCAACUAUUCAUGUUCAUCAUAAUAAUAAUAUAUUAUAGAAUUAUCUGUUCGAUAGGUACUAACGUUGCCAAUUUCAGAUGCAGAUGUAGGUAAACAUACCAAAAAAAAAAAACAUUUUCUAUUAUGUUUUAAAUUUUGAAACCUCAUUACUACAUCAUUAUAAUAUAAAUUCUCGAGCUCCAUUCAUUAUGUACCCAGUCAAAGGCGCCAUUAGUCGUAAUUGAAAUUUGAAAAAAUAAAAUAAAUAUAAAAUCUUCGUGAUGGAAAAUUCCGCUUGAUGUGUGAGCACCAUACACGGAAAAUAUUUUUGCACAAUGUAAAUUAAUUUAAAGAUAAGUUUUUAAGUGAGGUGUCAGUGAUUCUUAACAGUAAUAAAAAAAAAACUGUCAUUUGAUCCUACUGCCGAGAUACAUAAUGGUUUUAAAAACCACGUAUUAGAGUAAUCGUGUGGUUAAUCGGUUGCUAAUUAAAUGAGAGAAUUAUAAACAAUUAGUGUACUUAGUAAGUUUGUUUCAAAUACUUGUGUUUUUUUUUUUUU